AUGACAACACAACCUAUUCAAGAGAUUUCGAAUCAGUUUUUAAGUGGGUAUGUGAUAUGUGUUAGUGGGUAUUCUACCGAUGAACGAGUGUUAUUAGGAGGAAUGAUUGAACAAUUUGGAGGAAUUUAUAUGGAAGAUAUGGAAAGUCGGUCAGUUUCUUUUCUUUUAUCAAAAGGAUUAACAAGUGAUAAAGCAAGACAUGCAAAAAGGUGGGGAGUACCAGUUUUAAAUCAUCAAUGGCUAUUUGAUUGUAUUAUUGAACGAAGAUUUGUUUCAAUAAAUAAUUACAUAUUAAAUCCUAGUAUGUAG